CGUUAACUAGCGGCGCGGCAUCGAGUCUAAGCAAACCCUUUCUCCCGCGCCACGUGUCGUACGCCAAUUCGUGCACCUCUCUAGGCAACCAAUCUCAUCUCAUCAUCACCAAAACCCUUUUCUUCUUCCUUGUUGAUCGCCUGCCGUCCGGAGGUCACGGGGCGGAUCUAAAACAAAAUUCCAAUCCUCCUCAUUCCGUUCCACCACCAACGGCCUCCCAAAUUCAAUUUUAUCCUAUAUAUGCAGGAAAGAUUAACAACUUUUAUCCUUCUUUCGCACUUUUAUUACAUGCGUGCGAAAUCCGAUUUCAAUUGCUCCGGUGGUUGAGAUCCGACGAGCUGAAGUUUCGUCGGGUUUCGUCCAUUCCAGUCAAGCCAGAUCCUGCACCAAACAAGAAAAAAAAAAGGAAGAAGAUGAAGGGGUCCUGCACUCUCGUGGCUUCAAUGAUCGCUGCCUCCACUGUGGCCCUCUCCUCUUCCUCGUCCGCGCCGCCGAACUCUGCCGGCGACCGUGAGGUCGUGGCUGUACAUCCCACCGUCAACCAGGGAUCGAGGUUAUCUUCGGCGCGGGAACAAGAACAAGAGGAGAAGCAGGGGAAAUUCGUUCCUCGAUUUGACGGGUUGAGGUUUAUAGAGACAUUGGUCACCGCUCACAGAUGAAACUCUCUGCAGCAACAAUGAGGGCUUAGGGGAAUUUUGUAACUGCAGAGUUUUGGUUUUGGGUUUUUUUUUUCUGAGGAAUUAGUUUUAGUUUUACUAGGUUUGAAUCUCCUGCAAUCCUCCAUUACGGAUCUCUUUCUCUCUGUUAUUGGUCCUGAAUUCUAUUGGUUCUUGUUUGCUUCACGAUUUAUAGGUUUGGUUCUGGUUCUCUCUGUUUUUUUGCCAUGAGAUCAGUCUACUGACUACUAGACCAUAUGUGUGUAAUUUGGUGAAGGAAUUAUUGGAAUUGGGUGCGUUUGGGUUUGUUUGGUUCUGGUUUCACAAUUCUGAAGAACUUGGUUAGGA